ACAGCGAUUGAAAAAAAAAAAUCCACCAGUAGACUGUUUCAAGUUCCCUAGCAGAAACUGUGCCUGAUUUGUGGCCAAUGCUGGAGAUGUACGAAAAGGGAGGAAAACACUAAGCGGGUAGCUAUGGAGAUAGACCGUCUUCCUGGCCGCUUCCUUUGACAGGUGUUGAGUAGGUUAAAAGUCUUCAAACAGUGUCCACCAUGUACGCCAAAGGGAAAGGAGCUGUCGUUCCAUCCGAUAAUCAAGCCAGAGAGAAAUUAGCUUUAUACGUGUACGAGUACUUGUUGCAUGUUGGGGCCCAGAAAUCAGCACAGACCUUCCUUUCCGAGAUCCGAUGGGAGAAGAACAUUACGCUAGGAGAGCCUCCUGGAUUCCUCCAUUCAUGGUGGUGUGUAUUCUGGGAUUUGUACUGUGCCGCUCCAGACCGCCGGGAGACCUGCGAGCACUCCAGCGAGGCCAAGGCCUUCCACGACUAUAGUGCAGCAGCAGCCCCCAGCCCCGUAAUGGGCAACAUGCCCCCCAACGACGGCAUGCCGGGUGGACCCAUGCCCCCUGGUUUCUUUCAGCCUUUUAUGUCUCCACGGUAUCCGGGUGGACCUCGGCCAUCUCUUCGCAUGCCAAAUCAGCCUCCUGUAGGAGUUCCAGGAUCACAACCACUCCUGCCAAACAGUUUGGACCCAACCAGACCACAAGGACAUCCUAACAUGGGCGGUCCGAUGAGAAUGAAUCCUCCCAGGGGGAUGGGUGGCAUGGGCCCUCAGAACUAUGGUGGUAUGAGGCCUCCUCCCAACUCUCUAGGUGGUCCAGGCAUGCCCGGAAUGAACAUGGGUCCUGGAGGACGUGGCCCGUGGCCAAACCCGAAUGCUAACUCGAUAGCAUACUCCUCCUCAUCUCCAGGCAACUACGUGGGUCCUCCAGGAGGAGGCGGUCCACCAGGAACUCCCAUAAUGCCAAGCCCAGGAGACUCCACAAACUCCAGUGAAAAUAUCUACACGAUGAUGAACCCUAUUGGACCGGGAGGAAACAGACCCAAUUUCCCCAUGGGUCCCGGUCCAGAUGGGCCAAUGGGCGGCAUGGGUGGCAUGGAACCCCAUCAUAUGAACGGAUCGUUAGGCUCUGGUGACAUGCCUGUUUACAUCUUUUCGUCUGGAAUGUGGCCUAGACCUCCUCCUGAAGUGGUUUGGGUGAUCGGAUAUAUAUCGGUCUCGAAUGCAUUUUGGAGGGCUUUUACACCUGGUCUUUUCACGAUCAAAGAGCUAUCCGAUCAGACAAAAUGCAUGAGUUUGCUUCAGAACUCCCCCAACAACAUGGCAGGGAUGAACAACCCACCGGGCACACCGCGGGAUGAUGGAGAAAUGGGAGGAAACUUCCUCAACCCAUUCCAAAGUGAAAGUUAUUCACCCAACAUGACGAUGAGUGUGUGAUUUCUUCUUGUUUUGUUUUAUUUGGGCUUUUCUUUUUGGUUUCGUUUUCAAACCCCCUCCGACCGCCCCAUUCCUUUUUUAACCCCGUCCCCUCUUCACGUCGAUCAACCCCUGGCCCCCUCUGCCCACGGAACUCUGGCUUUUUCUGCACAGCCUUCUGGGAUGCCCCACGAGCAGAGGACUCACAUGAAAGUGGCCCAUCCCAGCUUGUGCAAAAUGGCCACCGGCAACAGGAAACAGUCCCAGAGCCACAGGAAGAGCUUGUUGACUGAAUCUCCCUGCCUCCCGGACUUCCUCUCUGGUUCUGGACACUAACGGGGCUGAACACACACACAGGAAGGCAGGUGUGUGUUUGAGCAGACACACACUUCACCGGGCUGCUCACUUUAUGAUCUUUAUGAACUCGCUCCACUUUUUUGAUUCAUUUUUUUUAAUCUUGAAUGGAUGCAGUCGUUUUUACAGUGGAUAAUAUCUGCACCUUUUUCCUCCAUUUCAUUGUGUAAAUGCAAGAGGAAAUUCUUUACGAUGGGUUCGGCAAUGAACGUUAUUCAUUAUUCUGUGUAUGUAUUGUAUUAUUCUCAAUUGUUGAUUUUAUUUUUAUUAAUAUUGUAAUGAUGGUUACUGAUUAGUUUUUUUUUAAGGGGCACAUUGUAUGUAAACCACAAAUUCGACAGAAAAAAGCACACCUCCAUAAUGCACAAUAACAGUGUCAUGACUUUUGCAGGAAGUCUACACUACGUUUUGUGUUUGCUGUGAAAUCUUACCUCCCGCAGAUUAAAAAGGUAGCCAUACCUUUUCUUCUACGUCUCUAAUAUAUACAGGAAAUGUAGUUUAAUUGUCCCUGUUGAGUGAACGUCUGAGGCCAUGAGGCUUGAGGCCGAAACCAGCAGUGACUUUAACCUCCUCAGACCAGCCUGUGCAUACAACAACACGUUUUGGAGUCUCAAUCUAUCUGUAGAGAGGAAGUGAUGUCAUACCAGAGCCGGAAACAUCCGGUUAUACAACUAACUAGUGCUAAACUUGACUUAAAAACAUGACAGAUGUCUGCUCACCGUGAUUCACCACUUAUUUAUUUGUUGUUUUCGUUCAUGAAUUGAUUUAUCGUGCACACGUCUCGCAUGCGACCCGUCAGGACAUAUUGUACACAUGUAAAUAUGCCAGUCUAAGAUACCUCCUGAAGAUUUGUACCCACAUGCUUUCCCUCUGCAUGCAUCUGAACAGGGUGUCUCUAGUCACAUGACAUUACAAAUGAGGAUCCUGUUGGCUCGGUGCUCAUCAUACUGGAGAUUUUUUCGGGUGCAGGAAUAGAGCCCUCCUCCUCAGACAACUUUUGUUAAGUAUGUGUUCUGUAUUAUGUCUAAUCAUCUUCAAAAACGUGAGAUGUCAGCCACAUCCAGGGCUUAUUUUUCUGAGCUUAUGAGAUGAGAGGAUAGUAAUAGGACUUCCAGGGACUACUGAAUGAGGGAUACAUGAACUAAAUGUGCUCACAGCCUAUCUAUUUCAUAAUAUUAACAUUCAUUUUUUCAUGCAUUUGGUGUUUCGCAUUUUCUGUCUGUCUUUUAAAGGGAUAGUCCGUUCAAAAAUGAUGGACAUUUACUUGUGUUGUUCUUGUUCCAAAACUGUGACUUUCUAACUAAAGAGUUUCAAUUGCCAUUGACUUGCAUUGUAAUUUUUUUCUAUAUAAUGAAAGUGAAUGGGAAUUUUUUGGUUACCAACAUUCUUCAAAAUAUUCUUAAAGAUCUUCAGUCUAUCCUGAUAUUUUGAAGAACA